AUGAAAGAGUGGGGCAUUGAAAACAAGGUUUUUACUAUUACAGUUGAUAAUGCUUCAAGUAACGAUUUGGCUAUUCGAUAUAUGAAAGAUACCAUUCAAAGGUCCAGAACAUUGGCAUGUGAAGGAAAUUUAUUUCAUGUUCGCUGUUGUGCACAUAUCUUGAACUUGUGCGUUCAAGAUGGAUUGAGGGAGAUUGAAGGUAUUAUUGGUAAUAUAAAGGAAAGUGUAGAAUAUGUAAAUCGUUCAGAGGCAAGACGUGUGCAAUUUGCAGAGUGUGUGCAACAAUUACAGUUGAAGGAUAAAAAAUUGAUUCGUGAUUGCAAAACCAGGUGGAACUCGACUUUUGAGAUGUUAAGUUGUGCACUCAAGUUCAAAGAAGCUUUUAAGAUGUUUAAAGAACGUGAUCCCUUUUAUGGUUGCUGCCCUCAAGAAGAAGAAUGGGAUAAAACUCAAAAGAUUUGCUCACUGUUGGAGGCUUUUUGGACAGCCAUACACAUUAUUUCAGGUAGCGAGUAUCCUACUUCAAAUUUAUUUCUUCAAGAAGUUCAAAAAAUAAAGUCAGCAUUGGAUAUUUAUGCACAACAUGAAGAUUUGUUUCUUAAGCAAUUAGCUAGUAAAAUGAAAAAAAAAUUUGACAAAUAUUGGGGUGAUUGUAAUUUAUUGAUGGCUAUAGCUGCUGUGUUAGAUCCAACCAAAAAAAUGCUUGCAGUUGAAUUUUGUUUUCCUAAGCUUUAUUCUGAAUUGGAUGCCUCUAAGCAUAUCUCAAAAGUUAAGGAGAUAAUUAAUUCUCUUUAUGAGGAGUAUGUUGUUGAAGAAACUAAUAAAGGAGUGUCUCAUUUACAUGAGUCUGAGAGUUUUGGUUCUUCAAGUGUUAGAAGAAGUCAACAAAAUUCUGUGUAUAAUUGGGAUGAUUUUGAUGAAUAUUGUGCAAAAGUUGAAACUUCAGAGACUAAGAAAUCUGAAUUGGUAGAUUAUCUUGAAAAGGGUCGUCUAAAGAAGAAUGAGAUUCCUAAAAUUUUUUCAUGUUUAGAAUGGUGGAGGAUGAAUAGAAUGCAGUAUCCAAUAUUGUCAAAGAUAGCAGCUGAUAUUUUAGCUAUUCCAGUGAGUUCAGUGGCUUCAGAAGCAACAUUUAGUGCAGGGACAAGAGUUAUUGAUUCUUAUCGUUCAUCUCUCUCUCCAGACACAGUGCAGACUCUACUGUGUGGGGGUGAUUGGCUUCGACAUAUACAUGGAUUGAAAAAGAAGACUAAAGUAAGUUAA